AUGGCGUCUCCGCCGCCGCCGCCGCCUCCCCCUGCCCGGUCGCGGGCCUCGGAGGGCCCGUGCUGCGUGCUGUGCUGCGGCGAGCUGGAGGUGGUGGCGCUGGGCCGCUGCGAGCACCCCAUCUGCUACCGCUGCUCCGUGCGGAUGCGGGCCCUCUGCGGGGUGCGCUACUGCGCCGUCUGCCGGGAGGAGCUGGCCCAGGUGGUCUUUGGGAGGAAGCUCACGUCCUUUUCAACGAUAGCCCUCCACCAGCUGCAGCACGAGAAGAAAUACGACAUUUAUUUUACUGAUGGAAAAGUUUAUGCUCUCUAUAGGAAACUCUUGCAGCACGAAUGCCCGCUGUGCCCGGAGGCUAGGCCCUUUGCCACUGUGGUGGAGCUGGAGCAGCACAUGAGGAAGCAGCACGAGCUCUUCUGCUGCAAACUGUGCGUGAAGCACCUGAAGAUCUUUACCUACGAGCGCAAGUGGUACUCGCGCAAGGACCUCGCCCGGCACAGGAUCCACGGGGACCCCGACGACACAUCCCACCGCGGGCAUCCCCUGUGCAAGUUUUGUGAUGAGCGCUACUUGGAUAACGACGAGUUACUGAAACACUUGAGAAGGGACCACUAUUUCUGCCACUUCUGUGAUUCCGACGGGGCCCAGGAGUAUUACAGUGAUUAUGAGUACCUCCGCGAACACUUCCGUGAGAAGCACUUCCUAUGCGAAGAAGGGCGCUGCAGCACCGAACAGUUCACACAUGCCUUCCGGACAGAAAUCGACUACAAAGCGCACAAAACGGCCUGCCACAGCAAGAACCGGGCAGAGGCCAGGCAGAACCGGCAGAUCGACCUGCAGUUCAACUAUGCGCCGAGGCACCAGCGGAGGAAUGAAGGUGUCGUCAGUGGAGAAGAUUACGAAGAAGUCGACAGAUACAAUAGGCAUGUGAGAGGAGGCCGGACAGGACCACGCGGCGGGCAGAACAGGAGAGGAAGCUGGAGGUAUAAGAGGGAGGAAGAAGACCGAGACAUCGCUGCCGCCGUCAGGGCAUCAGUAGCUGCCAAAAGGCAGGAAGAAAAAAAACGGGGAGAGGACAAGGAAGACGGGCCCCGGGCUAAAAAAGAAGAGCUGAAAGACGCAGAGGCGACCACCGCAAAGCGGGGGUUGAAUCCCCCCUCGGAAGCCCCAGUGCCCAAGGAAGCUGCUGCGAAGGCCGCACUGAGCCAAGAGGACUUUCCUGCCUUCGGCUUGCCCACGGCUGGCUCCACGCAGAGCUCUGCCCAGCUGGCUCCAGUCAAGCUGAAGGAAGAGGACUUCCCCAGCCUGUGUUCCUCCACAGCCACCCCGCCCUCAUCUGUGUUGUCCUUGACGUACACUGCUACUGCCAAGAAGACGUCCUUUCAAGAGGAGGACUUCCCUGCUCUGGUAUCCAAAGUCCGGCCAAACAACAAGUCCCUUUCCACCCUCUCUUCUGCCUGGAGCAACGGCUCCGGCAAAAACGCGGUCAGAGCCGCUGCCCCCAACGCUGCAGGAACCGGCCAGCCAGCCAAGAAGCCUGGGCCCGCCAGCAGCCGAGGAAGCAAGAAGACCAAGGCUGCCGCCUCCCUCGACGACGAGGACGACAGCGGGGGCGGAGUCACCAGUCAGGAGUUCCGCAGCGCUCCCACGAUGGUCGACGUGUCUUCCUUGCUGGUGGCCCCGAACUUUCAGACUUUUGUGAAAGUGGGCAAGAAGAAGAAAGUCGGGGCUGAGAAGCAGAGGGUGUCGCCGCCCCCCAUGCCACCGCAGGAGGUGCUGCCCCCCGUCCCUUCCGAAGAGAGGACACUGGAUGCCGAGCCCCUGGGCAGCGCCCCCACGAGCGCUUCUGGGGCAGACAGAGCCACGGCGGUUGUGAACGGCUACUCGGAAAAGCCUGCCCCCUGCAGAGCUUCCAAGGAGCCGCCUGGCCUUAAGAAGCCCCCCGCGGCUAGCCCACCCCUCUUGCCUCAGGAAGACUUCCCAGCCCUUGGCAGCACCGGACCACCUCGAAUGCCUCCUCCACCAGGUUUCAACUCUGUGGCACUUCUGAACAGCCCCCCGCCACCUCUGGGGCUGGCCGUGCCUCUUGGCAAACCACCUCCCGGCUUCACCCCAAUUCUGCCCGCUGGAGUCUCGGAACCUGCCCCUGCGAAAGAGACCAAACCGUGUCAGGGAACCUACUUGAUCUUGGAGAACUUCCAGCAGCGGAACACGCAGCUCAUCCAGUCGAUCAAGGAGUUCCUCCACAACGACGAAUCGCGGUUCAACGAGUUCAAGACUUACUCGGGACAGUUCAGGCAGGGUCUGAUUUCCGCUGCUCAGUAUUACCGAAGCUGCCAGGAGCUCCUGGGCGAGAACUUCCGGAAGAUCUUCAAUGAACUCCUGGUGCUCCUGCCAGACACGGCCAAGCAGCAGGAACUGCUGGCCGCCCACACCCACUCGAAGGCCCACGAGAGGCUGGGCGGCGGCAGCAGCAGCUGCCCAUCCUCCAAAUCCAAGAAGAACCGGAAGAACGCUUGGCAGGCGGACCCAGGCCCCGACCUCGACUACUGCGUCUGCCCCCAGUGCCGGCAGGUGCUGACCCCGCAGGAUCUGGCAGCCCACAAGGCCCUCCACCUGGAGGACGAGGAGUUCCCCUCUCUGCAGGCUAUCAGCCGGAUCAUCAGCUAGCCGUUCCGGGCAACCAAUAAACCCAGUCUCCAUCCGACCGCUCGCGCGUCUUGGGAGGCAGGGUCCGGGUGG